CGGGUACCCCGCACCCGGCCGCAAGACCCUUCUCGUGCACGUCAGUGGUUCCGGUUUGCUGCCACGAAUUAAUUCCUCAAAAUAAUACACACCCACCUCAGUGAAUCCUUGGCUGGUGGAUACAUAGACAUCUUUGCUGCCUGGGAUGCCGUCGCUGUGACCGGGAGAGGUAGACCGUCAGUAGAGCCGCGGACAGCCAGAAUACCAAACGCCAGCAGCGCCAGAGUGACCACUUUCCGGACCCGUUUUGACUAUCUACCGGGCGGCUACCGGAGGAUGUUCGAGCCAGGAUGCUGCGCUUCCCCGUGAAGAAGAUCCGGAAGCAGUUCAAGCUCCUGCUGCUGCUGGUACUGCUCACCUCCGCCGUGUGGUUCACCUACCUGCACAUCAACCAGGGCAAGACCAUCAAACUCCACUUCAACUACGGAAAAGAUGGAGAGAGACAGACGGAGGGGACGGACGCCAGCCGUAAGAGGGACACUCGCUCCUCAGCCGGCCACCACAAGAGUGAGGACACCAGCGACAGCAGGGAGGACGAGGCUGCAGAUGAUGAACAAAUCACAGGAGGCACUAAUGGCAGAGACCAUACCCGCAUCAGGAAGUUCCUCAGCCAAGGCCACAAGAAAUUGCCAUGGAAAGUGGAGUAUAAAGGACAGGCCAACCUGCAUGUGUUUGAGGACUGGUGUGGCUCCUCUAUAGCCCAACUCAGAAAGAACCUGCACUUCCCUCUCUACCCUCAUGCCAGAACCACACUGAGGAAGCUGGCAGUUGCUCCGAAGUGGAAGAACUAUGGCCUGAGAAUAUUUGGCUUCCUUCACCCUUACAGAGAUGGUGAUUUCCAGUUCUCUGUAUCGUCUGAUGAUAACUCUGAGCUCUGGCUGAGUCCUGAUGAGAGCCCUCUCAACGCCAGACUGCUGGUCUACGUAGGACAGCUGGGUACAGAGUGGACAGCUCCAGGCGAGUUCAGCAAGUUCAGGUCCCAGUCCUCCAAGUCUGUGCACCUAAUCUCGUCCAGACGAUACUACUUUGAGAUUCUCCACAAGCAGGAUGACAAGGGCUCGGAUCACGUGGAGGUUGGGUGGCGUCCGUUCCUCCCUGGUCUGAAAUAUGAAGUGAUAGACUCAGCCUACAUCUCCCUGUACACAGACGAGUCCAAUCUGAAGAUGAACAGUGUGGACCACAUCCCCCAGACCUUGGCCAGUCACAUCCGUCUCCCAGAGGAGGCUCAGCACCAGGGUUUGGAGAGAGGCGGCAUUGUGCAGCACGGAGCGGAUAUGCUAAAGCCGGACCCCAGGGACACCUUCUACAGCACUCCUAUGAUCGACCCCUCCCGACUGGAAAACGUUCUUCCGGCCUGUCUCUACUCUCCAACCUAUGUCGUCAAAGAUUUUCCCAUCGCCAGAUACCAGGGCCUCCAAUUUGUCUAUCUGUCCUUCGUUUACCCCAAUGACUUCACACGCCUCACCCAUAUGGAGCGAGAGAACAAGUGUUUCUACAGAGAGUCCCCUAUCUACUUGGAGAAGUUUGGUUUCUACAAAUAUAUGAAGAUGGAUGAGGAGGAAGAUGACAGACCGUUCUUCUUCCCCAACCCAGAUGAUUUCCUCGAUGAAGAAGAGGUGGUAGAUGUAGAGGACGAGGCAGAGAUCGUUGGCACGCAGUCACCCAAGAAGCCCUCUCAUCCCAGCCAGACCAGCCACACCUCCAACCCCUCCCAUCUGCACUCGAAGCCUGCGCCCACACCAGCUGGCAGAGAAGGGGAAGAAGAGGAGGAGGACCCUGAUGAAGAGGAGGAUGGAGCAGUCGACAGUAUCAUACGCCGCAGAGAAAGGAGACACUUUCCUCACAGUGAUGGACAGAUGGGUAGGGAUAUUGACAGAGACUGGGGAAGAGAUCACACAAACAUUAGACAAGACACGAGGAAGGGAUUUGAAGAGCCCCAACCCAGGGGCCCUCAGCCUGACAUGGACAGUGUGGUCCGGGGUCGCUCCCUGUCUUGGAUUCGCACCGGUCCUGCAGAGUUGAGCCCUGGCAGGAAAGGAGGAGGAACAGGUGGUGGAGGAGGAGGAGAAGGAGGAGGAGGAGAGAAGGGAGUUGAGACUCUGCCUAAACUGAGCAAGUCUUCACUCCUUUUCCCCCAAAAGUCCUCCUUCUCUGCCCUUGCCAGCCGAGCCAAGCAGAUCCUCAGCAACUCCGCCCAUAGCAACAACUUCCAUGAUAACCAAAACAACAAGCUCGCUGGAAACAAGAAGGAGAAGAGGGAAGAGAACAAGAUCUACAUCACCAGGCCUCGCACUGCCAAGGAGAGGGAGAGGGACAGGGAGAGGGAGAGGGAGCAGCGUCGAGAGAGGAGGGAGGAGAGAGCAUCUCGCCACCCUAGAGAGGUGUUCCCGGGGGUCUUUCUGUACCAAACUGGGAAGACCACAAGGCUGGUCAACCUGGAUGCCAAAGGACAUGCUGGGAGAGGCAUAACCGGAGGCAGAAGUAUUGUUAGUGCCCCUCAGCUCUGGCCCAAUCCACCCACAAAAGAAGGUAAGCAUCACAAUGGAAGUAUCAACAUACAGAAUGAAAGCGUACAGAAGUCUGGCAACAGGGCAGCCGAGGCAAAGCAACCAGACAAAGGCAAGAGGAAAGAGGAGCAAUGGGAUUUAAAGACUACUGUCACUGCUGAUGUGCCCAGAAAAGGCAACCCGCUAACCCAUCACAAAGAUCCACCUCCGGUUACCCAGCAAAGGUUCAACUCCACAGAAAACACGCUCCAAAGUCAGACAAGGGUCACCUCUUACCUCAGGACCUCUGAGAUCACAGAGUCCCAGCAGCAGCCAGACCCGGACCCCAACCCGGCAGAACAGGACCAGGAUACAAACCGCUCCAAUCCUGACCCCGACAUUGACCCCGAGCCAGAACCAGAGGAGGGCGAGAUGUCGGACUACAGCUACGAGGAGGUCGAGGUGCGGCCAGGUUGGGCAGAGGAGAGCAUCAACUGGCAGAGGACCUUCUCAGUCAAUCCGAUGGACUUUGAGCUGCUGCGCUCUGACUGGAACGACCUGCGCUGCAAUGUGUCUGGCAACCUCCAGCUGGCAGAGAGUGAGGUGGUGGAUGUGCUGGCGCAGUACAUGGAGAAACUCAACGAACGUAACGGAGGGAUCUACACCCUGCUGCGAAUCGUCAACGUUGAGAAGCGGCGCGAUUCGGCGAGAGGGAACCGUUACCUCGUGGAGCUGGAGCUAAUGGAGAGAGGCCGCAGCGUGGUGCGUCUGUCAGAAUACAUCUACCUGCUGCUCCACCGCGGCAGGCAGGGAGAGGAAAGUCUAGAGAACACUGACUUUGCCCCGGCCUCGGCACCAGCUUCGGCCCCAUCAGCUGCCACAUCCAGCCUCACCACCCCACCGGCCCCUCCCUCCACCAGGUCCCCCGCCCGGCCCGGAGCGACCCCCUGGAGCACAGCCUAUGCUAAGCCUCUGCUCUGCCAGCCGGUCAUGCUGCAGUGGAGGAGAGAUGUCAUGGUGCACUUUGUGGUGCCAGUGAAAAACCAGGCUCGCUGGGUACAGCAGUUUAUCUCUGACAUGGAGAAUCUUCAUCACCAGACGAAGGAUGACAAUUUCAGCAUCAUCAUUGUCGACUUUGAGAGUGAAGACAUGGACGUGGAGCAGGCACUCAGAGAAAGCAGUGUGCCCAGAUAUGAAUAUCUAAGGAGAGAAGGGAACUUUGAGCGCUCAGCAGGACUGCAGAUCGGAGUAGACACUAUAGAGGAUAGUCACAGCAUUGUGUUCCUGUGUGAUCUGCACAUCCACUUCCCUCUCAACAUCCUGGAAAGCAUCAGGAAGCACUGCGUGGAGGGACGCCUUGCGUUCGCUCCCAUUGUCAUGAGACUCAGCUGCGGCAGUUCGCCACAGGAGCCUGAUGGUUACUGGGAAGUGAACGGCUUCGGCCUUUUUGGAAUCUAUAAGUCUGAUUUUGAUAAGAUUGGAGGGAUGAACACGGAGGAAUUCAAAGACCGCUGGGGUGGAGAGGACUGGGAGCUGCUGGACAGGGUACUGCAGAAUGGUUUGGAGGUAGAGAGACUACGCUUGAGGAACUUCUUUCACUACUACCACUCUAAACGAGGCAUGUGGAACGCCCAAAACAAGAAAACUCCUAAAGGAUAG